AUGGGGGUUUGGACUAAUAGGCCGGCGUGGAAGCGUGCCGGUCUCAAUACUCUGCGCUGUCUCAUGGGCUGCACCGUCGGCGAUUUCUCUGCCCUAUGGAUGCUUCAGUCCUACUGCCCAGAGCUCGGCAUGGGAAAUAUCAUGAUGGCCUCCAUGGCAAGCGGCAUCACGACUUCAAUCAUACUCGAAACAAUUCUUCUUCGGCGCGGUGCCGACCAGCUUUCGUGGCCCAUGGCGGCACGCACUGCGAUGGGCAUGAGUAUGACUUCCAUGGUGGCUAUGGAGUUGGCCGAGAACAUGGUGGACUAUCAUUUGACGGGGGUCAGGUCAACUUCGAGGAUCCGCAGUUUUGGAUAG